CCCGCCGCCGCCCCUUGCCUCGCCUCUCCCGGGGCCCGGGGCCCUCCUGGGCGGGGGGGACGAUGCUGUUCUCGCUGCGGGAGCUGGUCCAGUGGCUGGGCUUCGCCCCCUUCGAGCUGCUGCUGCAGGGCCUGGCCCUGCUGGCCGCCUCGGUGCUGCUGGUGCUGAAAGUCGACGGCGGGGCCGGCGGGGGCUCCUCCUCCUCCUCGGGAGCGGCGGCGGCGGGGCUGAGCUGGUGGGGGGUCUUCGGGCCCUUCUUCGCCGCCGACGGGCUGAGCACCUACUUCACGGCCAUCGUCUCGGUGCGGCUCUUCCAGGACGGCGAGAAGCGCCUGGCCGUCCUGCGCCUCUUCUGGAUCCUGACCCUGCUCAGCCUCAAGUUCGUCUUCGAGAUGCUGCUCUGCCAGAAGCUGGGCGAGCAGAGCCACGAGCUCUGGUAUGGCCUCAUCAUGGCGCCCGUCUUCAUCCUCCUCCAGCUCCUCAUGAUCCGCGCCUGCAGGGUCAACUAGCCCAGCCAGCACCCCCCCCCCGGGGGAGGAAGAAGGAGAGGAGGAUGACGAGGAAGAAGGCCUCGCUGGGAGCCACAGGCCGACCUUCCCUCUCACUUGACUCUUGGGUCAGCACUGCCCGUUCAGCAGGAGGAUCGUACGGGAUCCUGGGACCACCCUGAGGGGCAGCCUCUGGCCGUCGCUCCAAGAUCACACGCCUGCACAGAGAUCCUUGUCCUCAGAGCCAGCAUCUGGAGGAACUAAGUUCAAAGAGUGGCAUAUGUCAUACAUGCCAGAUCCCUCGCUAUACACAGACUGGUCUCCAAAGACUAACAAAUUGGCACCGAAAGCUGUUUAAGGAUUGGGGCUUGGAGCCAACGCGGGUCUUCAUGCGGCGUUGCCGCAGGACUUUAGCAUUUUCUCUGUUCACUGUAAUGUUACCAAACUGCAGGAAGGCCUGAGUCAGAUGAUUAUUUAUGAAUAAAGAUGUAAAUAUAUUUGG